AUCCGGCUUUCCGCUUCUGUCACGCACGCCGGCGCGCGCUCCCGGCGAGAAGCGGAACUCCAGCGGACGACGCCGCCCGCUCCGCUACCGCUUUCUUGUCCGCACGUUUCAAAGGCGGCACACAUCUCUCCCCGGCUGCAGCAGCAGCCCCGCCGCACUCCGGAGCUCGGCGGCGAAGGUGCACCACUCUAGCGUAACCUUUUACAUUCCGCUCUCGAACGUGGCGGCGUGGGCACUCCCCCAAAUGGUGCCGCGGCUCUUUUGACUCGGAAACAGGGUAUAGCGCGCGCGUGUGCGCGCGUUCAUCGUCAAAGCAUGGCUGUGUUCAGCAAGUACGCUCAGCUGCUGGACUACCACCUCCCGUACAACUGCUACGAGAUCGGCCACACGUGGACUCCGUACUGCGCCGAGGCAUCCGUUUACGUCGGCCUGCACGCGUUCAAGGAGUCGCUCAAGAUCUACCUUCCACUGUAUGCGGCGUCCCUUGUGUACAGCAAGCGCUACGAUAGCGACUCCAUCAAACGCACUCUCCGGGCCGUCCUCAUCUCCUCCUUCUUCCUGAGCUUCAACGCGUUCGCCUUCAUCGCCGUCUUCUGCUCGCUCAGGAGGCUGGUGGGCCGGUUCAAUUUCCUGAAUGCGUCCUACCUGCCUGGUUUCUUGGCGAGCCUCAUGGCCAUCCUGCUCGAGCGCAAGAGCAGGAGGCAAGCGCUGGCAAUAUACGUCUGCAACAUCGCCUCGGAGACCAUUUUCCGCAUGAGGGUCUCCCGCAACGAGAUCCGGCCGAUCAAGCAUGGCGAGGUCAUCCUGUUCAGCGUCGCGUCCGCGCUGUUCCUGUACGUGAUCCGGCGCAGCGGCUUCUCCAACGACCCCGUGAGCCGGGCCUUCCAGUUCAUCGUGGGUCGCGAGGAGGUGCUGGCGUCCGGCGGCGGCAGUUCGUGCUCCUCCCACACGCCCAGCUCGUCGGGCGGCUCGCCCACCCCUCCCCUCCUGCGCGCGGGGGUGGACAGCCCGCCCGGGGACCUGGCCGGCCGAGGCGAGGCCGAGGAGAAGGCCAGGCAGCUCGUCGACUACGCGUCCCGGCUGCUCGACGACCAGGGGCCGGCCAUGCAGAAGAGGCUCGCCGCGCUGGGCCUGAACGCCAGGCACUGGUCCUGCGGUCACAAGCGCGGGUGCGUGGCGCACGUCUUUCAGGGUUUCCUGCGCCCCUUCAUGCUGGGCUGUGGCUUGCGGCUGCUGUUUCGGCUGGUGGCCGCGAGGCGUCGCCUGAUGCAGGACGCGAGCUGCAUCUACCCUGUGCUCUUCCGGCGGAGUAACCUCUGGCUGGGCGCAUUCCUUGGCUCCUUCGCUGGCAUCUACAGGCUGGUAAGCUGCCUGCUGCGGUGGAGCGGCGACGGUCGCAGCGACUGGCACGCCCUGCCGGCUGGUCUUCUGGCAGGACUCUCCAUGUUCUGGUACCCCAGCCCCAGCAUUGCACUCUACCUAGUCUGGAAACUCGUCGAGAACGUCUACAUGGCAGGGAUGGACAAAGGCGUUCUUCCUUGCGUGCCCAACUCGCCCGUCCUUCUCUACUCCGUCUCUUGCGCGGUGCUGUUCUACGCGGCUGUCUUCGAACCACACAAUCUCAGGCCGACAUAUUGGGCUUUCCUCAACAGGCUGUCAUCCGACAGGUUUUCGCUGCUGAACCGUCACGUGUACGACAUGUUCGGUGUGCACUCGUCCAAGCUGUUCGAGGACUUUUGGCCCAAGCUGGACCUGAAGUUCACCACGCGCAAGUUCCAAGAGUCGGUCCUCGUCUGGGUGCCCUUCUGACAUCCAGUACAGUGUGGCGCCGGAGAUGAAAAAAAAAAGAAGUGUGAUACGGCAGGAACUGUUCUUUUUUUUCAGCCGUUUAUUUUUUUGUUCUUUUCUUCGCAUAGCAAGGCGCUAAGCCUCCACCGCAAGUUGCAGCUCUUCCCGUGCCUGGAAGUGCAAAACGCGCUUUCCGCGUAUGUGAAAGGUUUUACAGACUUUUUCCUCACUGGACCAUUUUUGAGGACUGUUCUGUUGACUUUUCCGUGACGUAUCAAUGCCACCCUCUCCACAAAAAAUGGCGGCCUGAACAUCGUUGAACUGCAGCAGCUCGCAGUGUUCUUUUGUGUUGCAGAUGACGAACGGGUAAUGAACGAAAGCAAGAACUACUGACAAGCUGUAUACAACUGAAAAAAAAAUUUUUUUAACAAUAUGUUGGCUCGUACAUACAUCGUGCACUGAUGCAUUUCGGAAAGGCUAUUUCACGAGCUUCUCGAAAUGAUCCGCUUCCUCAGAGACGCACGUUCCUAUAAGAAAAUACGCUUCCUCGUUUUUUUUCUUCUUCGUUUUAUAGGAGCUUGGACAUUGUUCGUCAAACGCUGCCAUAUCAGCACCUGUUGUUCAUUGCUACAAGUUCUAGGUCUGGACGAUUAGCCACGCAUUAACUGGGUUGCUUAAAAGCGGAUAGCUUUAAACGAGAAGGACAGCAUAGGGUCUUCUGUCUUAAGUCAUGCUUACCGAACUUGUUCUGCACCCUGGGCUCCUUUUAUUCUCGUGCAUCGAACCCCCCAAUCAAUAUAUCCGAUGCAACCCGAUAUCUUCAGGCGUCGUGCAAUCUUCGAUCACCUUCGAUCUGAUGUAGGCAUGUCGACUACCCAUGUCACCUAACAUUAUCGAGAGAAAGGAAAGACUAACGGGUCUGAUAUAACGAUGCUGGGCUAUUGUUACGAUUUAAGAAAUGUUUAAGGAAUGUGGCAAUAUACUUAUGACGAAGCCCUAUUUUGAAGUAAGUAUUGCGCAAAAACCUACCACUCGAAGCUGCAAUGCGCGAAAGCGGUGUCGCAAGGAAUGAUUUACUUUCAGAGCGCAGCUACGUAUAGGCCUACUCGCAGACGCAAGACCUACCGUAGUACCCAGCUACAUUUUUAUGUGGAGCGUGACAAUUAACAUUAAUGUCCUUUUUGUUGUUUUUUCGCACAAGUAAACUUUUUGCACAUCAGAAAAGAAAAGAUGUGGAAUAUGUAUGCGGGCUCCUUUAAUAAUCAGAUUACGAGACUUCCCGUGCCUAAAUAAAAAAGAAAAGUUGCCUGCUGCUGUUUUUUAUUUCGUUUCGUAGGAAACCGCGGUGGUUCAUUCUUUUCUACUUCUUUUUUUCUUAUGUAUAUUUUCCAAACUGCAACACGUACCUACGCAUACGCAUCUGCGUUGCUGCGUUCCACGUACAUCACUCAAGGGCUGUACAUGUGUGCAGCGUCCCCUUUGUUCGGUUGGGUUAGCAUCAUGCGCAGGCAGCGCUUGAACGCGCGUGUGAAGCCCCGCCUCCCCAAGUUCUGUCAUGUCCUCCGAGAUCGUGGCCGCCCGCACGUACGCUGCGCGCAAGCUCUCGGAGGCCACGAUUUGGCGCAGCUUCAGCGCCGCUAGCGACUGUAAACGGUCAAAAAAAAAAAAAGAAUCGUGCCAAGUUUCGAAUCAUACCGGACUAUAGGCCUUGGAGUGGACCAUAAAUGCUGGCCAGUGUGCAAAGUGCGGGGCCAGUGUGUAAAUUGCGGGUAGUUUAGUCGUAAGCAAAGUCUUAGUAGCUACAGCCUCGUGAAGCUAAGUUCAAACCAGGGCCCACAGAACUGUUGUCGUGAUCACUUUAUGUUCAUUUAACCGCUGCCAUAAUCUCGUCGGAAGCUGCAUAUAACGUAUAGUGGAUGUUGCUAUACCGCUCAAGAUGUUCACAAGAUGUUGCUGCCGCCAGCAGUGCUGCUUUUGUAUCACGCGUCACGGCAUACCGUAAACGGUGCUGCUCUCAUAGUACUAACACGUGUACACACAGGCUUUCUAUUGGUCCACUGCUGCGUUUGUUACCACAAGGCGUAUAUAUUAAACGCGACAGCAUAUGCACCAGAUAGUUCAUUUGCGCGUGCAUCUGCCUCGUGCUUUUGUAGAUAAACCUGGCGCAGAAAGAGGUGUAUCCACAGACUACGCAAAUGCAACUACACAGCUUUGCUCACUUUCAGUGAGCAAACGGCGACACGGGGUAAAGGCCGCGCUUCAAACUGCGCGUAGUUUUACAGGGUGCCAAUUUAACGAAGCGCUCUGUAGAAAUGUGAGCACAAUUUUAGUUUUGUUUGUUUGUUUGUUUGUGAAUUUUACUACGUUCUGCAUGGCGAUAAACGCAGCUUUCAGAUUAUUUUAUGCACUGAGCAAAAUAUGUCGUUUUGUAUAUACAUACGUGAAAGAAAAUAAAAUUGUACAUAACCCA